GUAGGUCGUAUGAAGCGCAAUACUCAAUGUAGGUUCUGGCUGACUCGCAGUGCAUGAAGGCAUUCAUAAAGAAAAGGGCUCCCGAUGCCUCAGAUAACGGAUCUGAACCUACAUCCGUAGAUAAAGUGAAGAGCUUCUUCUCAAAGUUUGGCAGUGGUUUGCGUACUGCUUUCGCCAAACCACAACAUCCUAGUGUGCCAGUUACUAGUCGUGACGUUAACAAUUAUUGUUAUCCUUCUGAUGAUCUGAAAACAAGCAAAGAAAUUGUUUCUACCUCAAGGGAGGCGGUUGACGCUCUUCAUCCUUUAAGAGGUGAUCGAGUUUCCCCUGCGAUUCAUAUAUUGAAUGAACCACGUGGUUCUAACCCACGAUCAUCAUAUGUCCGUGGAAAUGCAUCCCCUCAAAAUUCUGCUUUUCGAGAAGAAUUGAACUCAAAACUACGAAUUCGCCCUGGUCAUAAUCUUCCACCUCGAAUAACAACAAUUGCUAAGUCUGCUGAAAGUUCCGAUAGUUUCAUUUCAAAUGAAUCCUCUUCACCACAUCAAAAACAUUUAACUAGUCCAUAUUCACCUCCCCAUAGUACUCAUGUAUUGGCAACAACCCCACCUAAUAGUACACAUGAGUCUAUCAGUUCAACUCCAUCAUCCGCUGGUGCCUCAGAUUUAGUCAGUUUACAGCAUAAACUAGCUGUCAGUAGACCUAGAAAUCGUCGUCCACCAUCAAAAACUUAUCGUCGUACAUUGAAUAAAACGGAUGAAAAUGUUGUUGGCUUCUUUUCUUUAUCACCCAAGCAUGUUUCGACUAAUGAUAAUUUCUUUUCAGUUUCUAAUCCUCAACUGGGUCUUAUAAAAGAAGAAAGUGAAAUAAUACAUCAAAUAAGUGAAAAACCACCUCAUCAAAAAAUAUCUAACAUUCACCUACCCACUGAAAUAUUAACUGUAAAUACUGGUGAAUCGAUUAGUGAGAAUUCUGAUUCAAAUAAACUUGAUUCUUCACUUUCAGGACUAAAUUUAAGAGGCAGCGUAAAAUCUGCGUAUGACUCGAAUUCUCUGAAACGUAAAUCUGAUUCCUAUCGUAAAUCUGACUGUUUACUCACGUCAUUUGAUCAAGAAACAAUAACACCUUUCAAACCCCCAAAGAAAAGUACAGGAUUCGAGAGAAUAAAAAUAAAUUCUACCAGUGAUUUCCAUAAUUUAACACCGCUGGCAUCAUACAAUGGCGGUGAUCAACAUAUUCGUCCACGUUCCAUGUUCAUUCCAUCAUCCGGUAAUGAAAUUCAAUCAUCACAGAUUUGUUUAAAAACAAAAGAUGUAAAUAAAAACUUAACCGACCAUCAUGAGAACAAUCUGAUUAGUUCAAAACAAUCUUCUGAAUCAAUUCCAUCAAUUAUUUUUAUCCCAUGUAAAGCGUCUGUGGAUAAUAAAAGUAAUGAUACUAAUAAUACCAGUAAUAAUGAUAAUGAUAUUAGUCUCAAAGUUAGUAAUCAAACUACUCAUAUUAAUACUGAGACAAAAACACAUAUCUCUGUAUCUAUGAUGAAGAAACCUGUUCUGAUUGGUGUUGAAGAAAAUUCAAAUAAAUAUUCUCCAAGUCCUAGUCCUCAAACAGUGGCCUUACGUCAAAAAUUUGGUGAAACUUCUCGUGUAUGUUAACAUAUUUUUAAGAUUGCCAUUUAUUAUUAAUGAAAAUACUUCCUUUAAAUUGUAGUCAAUAUGUGUAAUAAAUGUAUAUAUUCAGUUUUGGGACAUUAUUGUUUCAGUUUAAGUUUUCUUUUAAAAUGAUUCAGUAAGCCGUAAUCAGUUGAGUUCACCUAUGUCAGAUGUGGGACAGUUACCCAUCAAUGACACAUGGUUGUGCAAUUUCACAAAUUGAUUGAAGUUAAACCAUUAAAUGUGUUGACUCAGUAGUGUAAAAGGUUAAGCUCUUACUGCGAUACCUAAAGGUCCUUUGUUCAAUCUCUUUAGUGAAGUUACGGAUUCGCAAUACUAAGGAGUCCCAUACUAGGACGGAACAGUUGUCCAGUAUUUUCUUGUUUUCAAUGAUUGCCUAACUAAAACCAAUCCGUGAUGCGAAUGAUACAAUUCAACAAUCUCCAAAAAGUCGUUCUAUGUGGUAAUAAUAUUUCAGUAACGUAUUAUUUUUAGCCAAAUUAAAAUUGUAAAAUGGCGUUCAUCCAUUCAUUGUACAGAAUGUUGAUCAGUAAAAAAUCGAAGAAGUUCGACUUUUAAAAUGAUCUUCACAACUCCGUCUCCAUAGUAAUCAUAUCGUCUUAUUCGACUAAAUAGUGAUUACAUGAAAUUCAGUCGAAUAGUGUUCAUCUCAACAGAUAAAUCGCAUUACCCUGUUGAAUUAAAUGCAAUAAAUAAAGGCUUGUUCAUCAGUUAAUGUUGUAAUUAUAAACUAAAAAAUUUAUUUCAUUGAAUUAUACUCUCAGGCUUACAAUCAUCAGUACUUAUUAGGUUGUCGAUUGUCUGUAGACUAUCGGAUGAAUCGUGUUGAUUAGUUCAACUGUACCCUCUUGAGUUAUCUUAUUGUUAAGAUGUAUCUUAAUUUUAAAUCAAUUAAAUCACUGGAGUAGUCUGUUAAUCACAUGAAAAUACCUCAGAUGGUUUAAUAACAGAUGACAUUAAAUACCAUGAAAUUUUUUAUUUAUUAGUUUCUAUAUUAGUUUACGUUAAUUGUUUGAUGGAUAAAAUUUUUAUCAGCACUAUGGUACAAAAAUUGGUGAAAUACUCAAUAAAUAAUUCAUGUAAACUGUGGAUCCUUUCUAGUAUCAAUUUAAAGAAAAAGUAUAUUGACGAUUAUAUAACUUUUAUUCAUUGGUAGUAAAAAAGAAAAUAAUUGCAAGCCAAUGAAUGUAUUUUCAUCAACUGGAUAUUUUGUUUCAAUCUCUUAAUUCUACUGACUAAGAUAAAUAUAUAUCAGUAGUUGAAGUAGAUAUAUUUAUGUUGAUUGUGGGAUCUAUCAGCGAUGAGAAUAAAUAAAAUACCGCUUAACUAUUGAAACCAAAUAUAUGUAGUCAUUUUUCAUAUUCUCUGAUAAACAGCUUUACAUUGAUUAAUUUGUUUUAAUCCGAAACCUUCAUGGUUCAGAGAUCUAAAAUUAUCAUGCUGUCUACAAGAUAUGUAUAUCCGAGAUUCAAUAUCAUGUUAAUACAUGCUGCUAAAGUGUCAAAUGAGAACAAAAACUGUCCAACUUUUUCUAGUUUUCAGCGGUUCUCUAUUUGAUACUAGCCCUCAGAAUAUCUAAGUAUCAUCUCUACAAUCUCCUUAAUCCAAUUAUAUUUUAAUCCCUAAUAUUGAUGCAUUUUUAAAUAUUGCGGUUUUGAAGAUCAAUGUAAUCUAUCUGUGGUAAAAUACACGAUUACAGCAGUUAUAUACAUAUGUGUACUUUUUACUUCGUAGGAAAUAAUAUACAUUUUUCUUCGUUUGAAUGCUUUUAUAUAAAAACAAGUAUUGAAAUUACUGCUUUGAUACACAUCAAUAUAAUAUCUAUAUUUUUUUGUCUAUCCAUCUUUAAAUCAACAAAUACGUUAUAAUUUAUAUUACGAUAUAAAUAUAGCUUGUUACUCUUAAGGAUGAAUAAAAGUGAGUUUAUUUUAAUGAUUGGAAUUACUAUCAAAUAGUUUCUAAAAAAAAACCCGAAUUCUUGGUGUGUUUUUCUUCUUCUAUGCUACAUCCACUUUUAUUAUAUGAAUGACUAAAUGAAUAUAUAUGCAUGGUUAAUUUUAUUUCUUUCCUCAUUGUCUUUCAAUUUAUAAUUAGUAUAUACAAUAUUAAUUGUAAAGUGUUACCUUUUUUCAUUUUAUCAUAAGAUUAAUCCAUUUUUAUUAUAUCAAAUAAAUUUCUCAUAGUUUAGGCAUAGUUACUGAUUUAUAAAUUUUCUUAAUGUAUUCAAUUGAUAAAGUAUUUGGAUUUUAGUAGAUAAUAUCCAACU